AUGCCCGAGGAAGUAACACCUGCAAGAGUGACUACGCUAAGGUACACGACUAUGCAACAAAAACUAGAAUACACUUGCAGCAUUCGAGAAAAUUGGAUUGCCCGGCGGUCAUGCAGAUUCGAUGUAUUCGGGUGUGCAACGAUUACUUCAUUGACAAAGCAAAGUUCCUGUCAGAUAAUAGCUUGGUGAUGGCUAAGAGGGCUAUUCUAAGAGAAAUCAAUGCCAAAUCGAAGAACAACUUAAGGUUUAGUUUCCGUACUUCGACUCGGUUCCAUGUAAAGAUCCCGUUAAGCUCAUCUCAUGUCAACCACCCUUUCGGGGACUCGUCCACGAUAGGACAAUAAGUCGAUAAACGUGUAGUUGACAAAAUCUACGACCUUGUAAAGCAAAACAUAACCAACCUUUUUGAGGUGCAAAGGUCUCUUGAUAAAUAUGUUCGAGAGGUUCAAUUUUUGGCCAUCCCGAGGAGCGAAAGCCAAAGAAAACAAAUAGGCGAUACUACCCUUGUCGCCAGGACUUGCGCAACCACAUUGCCAAGGCGAUUUCAGAAGUGAAGUAUUGCGAUGACGACCAAGAAGCAUUGGGGGAAAAAAUAGAAGAUUGGCAAACUAAGUCUCCCAAAAGCAACUUCUUUUACCGAACCAGAGAAGCUGUCAUUAACGAAAAAGAUGAACCAAGGCCUAGAACUGCUGAGGAAACCUUGCUCUUUGUACAUCAAGAGCCAUGGCAACAACAAAUGCUUGAAAGAUAUGGUAGUGAACCGGCCCUGAUGGACGCCACU